GCGAGACUCAACAGUCUGAGGGCAGCGACGAUAACUUUGCGGCCACAAUGGCCCAGCAAGUUCAAUCUUCCUGGGAGAAGAAAAAGGGAGAAAGCGAGGCUAAGUUCUUAGCUGCAGCCAGGGCCGAGCUUGGUUCCUGCGGCAAACGGGGGGCGGCCAUGUUCGUUAGAGAGACUGAAGAGAUGCAUGCGAUCCUGGAACAUUUCGUGUCCGAUUACGCUGCUCUGGAAGACAAGAUCCGUGGCCUUUGGCAGCGACUGUUGAUAUCACAAGCAAAUUCACUUGAGUCUAACAGGAAGUUGCAUGUCGCAGCUCUCGACAUGGAUCAGACACGCGAGAAGGGUCAGGUCCGGGGCAUGGCAAUCUCAAAGAAAGCCGUUGAAGACUGCAACAAAUUUAUUCUGGCAUUAUCUGAGUGACUGUAUGCAUCAUACGUCGGAGAGCUGCCACCUUCUGGAGCCUGAUUGUGCUCAUGGACUCGGACGAUAGCCAGGCCUAGUCAGGGGUAGCUGCGUAUAAAGGGCAAUGUGUCUACGAUUGUGGCAUGCUAUGGGAAUAGCCGAGAUUUUCUUUCCGUGA